UGCUUGGAGAGUGGAAGAAAGCUGGAAAAAUGGUUGCUGCCGAAGGAUGAUGCUCCCUACCUGUAGCAACGAGAGAAGACGGAUCGGAUGAAGUAUGUCCGCAUGGUUAUUUGAGUAGACUGGCUAACCGAUUGAAGCAGAUGUGGAAAACUAAUGACGAUGGAAUUUGGAUGGCUGACUGGCUACUCCACAAGAUCAGAGGACUGCUGAUGUUGAGCAAAAGGUCUACAACCACAAGGAGAGACAUGACCGUGGCAUGAGUGCUCUCUUCUGUGGAAACAACCUACAAUAUGAGGGAACAAACUGUGAGAUGUCCACACCGUCUAGAAGUGGAAAUUGUCCCGCACGACUGACCUUGAACCACCGGAUACUUCUUGUCAACAGGGGACCCCAUUGCCUCAAUGAAUUAUUUUAUUUCAAGCAUCGACAUAACAUUGCCUCACCCAAAUCACUGUGUGAUGCCACACCCCAUCUGAUCGAUUAAUUUUCACAUACACGUUCGAGUCUAAGGUCUUUUUCUCCCUCUGUGGAUUUUAUACUAUUUUUUUCCGGACACAGACACAUAGUACGGUUGGACUAUUAUUAUUUUUUUCCCCUCAAACGGGUGAUCUUUUCCUAAAUUUUCCCUCAAGAUGUUUUCUGCCCUAAAGAAACUGGUCGGUUCGGAACCGGGCCAGUUGCGGGAUAAGAACAUCCCCGCGGGCCUUCAGUCCAUGAACCAAAGCUUGCAGAGACGAUUCGCCAAGGGAGUCCAGUACAACAUGAAGAUAGUGAUCCGUGGAGACAGGAACACGGGUAAGAGCACGCUUUGGCACCGCCUCCAGGGGAAGAAGUUCCUGGAGGAGUACGUGCCCACCCAGGAGAUCCAGGUCACCAGCAUCCACUGGAACUACAAAACGACUGAUGAUGUGGUCAAGGUGGAGGUGUGGGACGUUGUUGAUAAAGGCAGAGGGAAGAAACGCGGGGAAAGCCUGAAACUGGAGAACGAGCCUCAAGAGACCGAGGAGCCUGAAAUGGCCCUGGAUGCGGAGUUUCUGGACGUCUACAAGAACUGCAACGGAGUGAUCAUGAUGUUCGACAUCACCAAGCAGUGGACGUUUAACUACAUCCUUCGGGAGCUGCCCAAGGUGCCCAGCCACAUGCCCGUGUGCGUUCUGGGAAACCAGCGGGACCUGGGCGAGCAUCGCGUCAUCCUGCCGGACGACAUUCGCGACUUCAUCUCCGGCCUCAACAGACCCAUGGGCUCGUCCUACGUUCACUACGCAGAGUCCUCCAUGAAGAACGGCUUUGGGCUGAAGUACCUGCACCGGUUCUUCAACAUCCCCUUCCUGCAGCUGCAGAGGGAGACGCUCCUGCGGCAGCUGGAGACCAAUCAGCUGGACAUCGACGCCACGCUGGAGGAGCUGACCGUCCAGCAGGAGACCGAGGACCAGAACUACGACGUUUUCCUGGAGAUGGUGGAGGCCCGUGCGAAAGGCUUAUCCUCUCCAGGCCCCACCAACGAACAGAGCCCCUCCUCGGGGUCCCAGUCCCCCAUCGUGCCCCCCAGCGGUGCCUCCACUGGCAGCUCAAGCCCCAACAUCCCCCAGCCCCCCCUCUACCCCUCCCUCCCCUCCCCGUCCACCCCCGCAGCACCGCCUCCAGUGCAAGCCCCGCCCCAGCACCUCGAGCAUCGCCCCCCUCCCGCCCCUACGCCCCUGUCCGCCCAGGCCUCGGCCUCCGAGCCCCCGCCCCAAAAACGCGGCCUCAUGUCGCGCCUCUUUGGGGCGCCCUCCACCCCCGAGGGCCCACCAGAUGGUCCUGGGCCCCCGGCCCCGCAGGGCCCCCAGGGGGUGCAGAGCGUGGACGACUUCGUGCCGGACCUCGGCCUGGACCAAAACUUCCUGAACGACGGGCCCGCGGCGAAGACAAAGGCACGGACCCAGGCAGCAGUCGCCGUGGCAGCAGACAGCGACAGCGACGGAGAGGGCAGAGGGGGGAACCCCAUGGUGUCGGGUUUCCAAGACGACUUGGACCCCGAUGACAAGGUUCCGUCAAAGCCGUUGCCCCCGGCAGCAGCCCCCAGCGCGGGGGUCACACUCUCCAGCGACGAGGAGGACGGACAGCACUUCCCGUCCAUGUCACAUGACCUACACCUGCACAGGCCAUCAGACGCCCACCAAGCAAAGACGCAGACCAGGGCCAGACCCGCAGACAAGAGGCCGCCACCGCCCCAGGAGAGAGACUCCGCCCCUCUCGUCGCGGCCCUGCAGUUCCACGGCAGGAAGAAGGGAGGCGCCGCUGAGGCACCGACGCCGUGGGACUCCGACCCCGAGGCCCCUCCCGCCGGGCAGACGCUGUCCUUCGUGGUGGACGACCCCGAGAUCGAGGGGUCGGAGCUCAGGAGGGGCCCGAAGGUGACCUUCCCAAUACGGGACGACCUGCCCGACCUUUCUGACGACGACUUUCCCCCCGCCGGGGCCCCCGAACCCCUGAAGCCCACCGUCGUGCCCUUCGACAUCCGGAAUGACACCGACCUGUUUGGGCUGGGCCUCCUGGACCCCACGGCCCAGGGCAAAGACAGCAGCGGCGAACAGGAAGAUAAAGAAAGCAAACACUCUUCAAAGGAGAAGAAGAAAAAGAAGAAAAGUAAAGAGGAAGAAGACAAAAACGGCAAAAAGCGACACAAGCACAGAAAGAAGGAUGGAGAGGAUGCGGGGUCAGGAGACGAGAAGGAAAAGAAGAAGGAGAAGAAGAAAUCGAGGACCAAGAAAGGCAGGGACGUGGACGAGCUGGAGGCCUUCCUGGCCGGAGGGGAGGGGCCGGUGAAGAGUGAGGGCGGAGUUUACGAGCAACUGUAGCGUUCCUGUAGACCAAUCAGAACUCGAUCAGUGGGCGGAGUUGUGGUUUUAAACACUGACGUAGCGAAUCACUGACAAGACGAGCAUUGCUCCGGGUGACCCUUCCCCUUCACCGACUGUGUGGUGCCUGUGUGGGUUGGGUUGGUAUUUUUAUUUGUGUUUAUUUAUUACGGUUUGUUUUCUAUCAACACUGUUGCUGCCGCACUCCACAGAGGAGGGGACCAUGGAUGAGGAGUGGGUUCACAAGCAUCUGGACUUCUUUUGCGUGUGUGUGCGUGCGUGCACGUGUGUGUGUGUGUGUGUGUGUGUGGCCUUGUCAUUAGGGGGACCGCUCCUUAUGUUUUUUUCCAUUCGUAACUGAAAGUGUUUGACUUCUGAUAGCACCGUGUGAAUUACAGAUACUGCAUUUCACAGACCGCUGCAGAUCAUGACUCAUUAACUGAGAGUCAUGUUGUCGCUGAAGGAUUUUUACAUUCCCAAAAGGGGAGAAACUUGUCUUUGACUGUUUAUUUCAUAUAAAAGUGAAAAUGAAGAGUAAGUUAAGUCAGUUUUUUUUCGGUACCUUUACAGACUUGAUCAGCAGUGUGCUUUGUGGUAUAAUUCUGAAAACCAGUAGCUAAAUCUUCUCGUCACUUAAUUCCAACGCCUUGAAGUAAGUUUGUCUUUAAACAAAGCUGAACUGAACUUAGCUGAAAGGCAUUAACACCACACGGUGACGAUGACUGCUCCUGCAUUCGAUAGUUAUGGGUGAGGAAUAUCCCCCGGCCCUAGUAGGGGGUGUAAGAUUGGACUCUGGCCUCUUCCCUGCAGCUUGGACUCGGAUGCUGUGCCAGUAUGCUGGGCCUCAUUCUUUACCUGUGGCCCCGAGGGCCCCAGACCUCCAAAAUGAGCCCUCCCUGUGCCCCCAUCGGUCAAGCGAAACAUUAAGGUUCAUGACAAAACCACCCCAUGGCUUCAUAUAGAAGCGUGUCCCACAUUGGGUACCAGUGCAGAGGUCCUAGCAGACAAGCCAAGGACCAGAGCUCUGAUUGGCCGUGACCUGCUGCUUCUGCUCAGUUCUCGCAACAUCCAUCAGGGGUGGAGGAUGUUUGUGUGUGUGUGUGUGUGUGUGUGUGUGUGCACCUUGGGUUGCUGUGAAACCUUUAUUUCUGAACCCACACAUUUGGUGAGAGUGGUGGGAAAAAGGUUCACAGGAUGUAAGCGGAUCCUAUUGGUUCUGUAACUUUUGGUGUUUCCUGUACCUCUGGGAAUAGGCAUCUGGCUACACCUUAUCUACACCUUGUGCAGUGUACAAAACUAUGCUGCUUUGGCAGGUACGUGAUAUGUGCAUUUUCUCAGAAAACUGUUCUUUCAGACUGGAGCUGGGCGCUUUGUAUAUCCUAAGGAAAUGAGAAAUUGAAAUCUGUAAAUUAUGGACAUGUAAUAUUUAAUAUUUUUCUCCCCAUAAAAAUGCUUCCAUCAGCUCUCUGUAUGCGAUUCUGCGUUCAAACAUUAAUAAACGCGGCACAUUUUCUUAA